GAGCGGGACCCCGCGCAGCGGCGCGGAGCGCGGCGCGAUGAGCGCGGGCAGCGGCAGCGGCGCCGCCGGCGCGGCGGGCACCGCCACCUCCGCGCUGUGCCUGCUGCUCUCGCUCACCGCCGUGGCCGUGUGCCUGCUGCUGGGCGCCAAGACGGCGGAGCUGCAGGGCCGGCUGGCCGCGCUGGAGGAGCGGGGCGCCGCCGGGCACGGGCCGCUGCUGGACGCGCUGCAGCCCCGCGUGGAGCAGCUGUUCCGCGAGAAACUCGGCGAAGGACUCGCGAAGCUGCGGACGGCGCGAGAGGCCCCCCAGGACUGCGUGUGCCCCCCAGGGCCCCCGGGGAGGCGAGGGAAGCCCGGGCGGCGCGGAGAACCUGGACCUGCAGGGCAGUCAGGACGCGAUGGUUACCCGGGGCCGCUUGGCUUGGAUGGCAAACCAGGACCUCCAGGACCAAAAGGGGAAAAGGGGGAAGCAGGAGACAUUGGCCCAAGGAUGGUUUUUCCCCACCUCAAUCAUGGAUUUCUGGCUAAUGAUCAGCUUGUCUUUAGCCGGCGAGUGCUCAAGGGUGAUCAAGGUCGAGAUGGAGCCAUGGGCCCCCCUGGUCCGCCAGGACCCCCAGGUGCCCGGGGGCCUCCUGGUGACACGGGAAAGGAUGGCCCCAGAGGACCUCCAGGCUCCCCUGGUUUCAAAGGCGAACCAGGAGAGGAUGGAGUCAUGGGUGCCAGAGGACCUGCAGGACCAAAGGGUGAGCCUGGUGUCCAGGGGAAAAAGGGUGAUGAUGGGAUCCCUGGGGAACCAGGACUUGUGGGCCCUAAGGGAGAAAAAGGAAGUGUGGGUCCCAAGGGAGAUAAUGGCACAGAUGGCUUCCCAGGACUAAAGGGUGAACCUGGUGAGAAGGGAGGAAUUGGCUCCAUUGGACCCCGGGGUCCCCCUGGGCUGAAAGGGGAGCAGGGAGACACCGUGGUCAUCGACUACGACGGCCGGAUCCUGGAUGCGCUCAAGGGUCCACCAGGUCCCCCAGGGCCACCGGGCCCCCAAGGCACUCCAGGUCCCAAGGGAGAGCUGGGCUUGCCAGGUCCACCUGGAAUGGAUGGUGAAAAGGGUCCCAAAGGAGCAAAGGGUGACCAGGGCAGCACGGGGACCAUGGGGCAGAAAGGAGAAACAGGAGAAAUGGGCUCAGCAGGUCCCCCGGGUGCAGAAGGGCCAAAAGGAGACAAAGGAGAAAAAGGAGACACUGGGUCACCAUGUCUGCAGAAUAAUCAUAUCAUACCUGAGCCUGGACCCCCUGGAUUACCUGGCCCUAUGGGUCCUCCAGGAAUCCAGGGGCCUAAAGGUUUGGAUGGUGCAAAGGGAGAGAAAGGUGACAGUGGUGAGAAGGGGGACCAAGGUGACACCGGACCUGCUGGUCUCCCAGGUGCUCCAGGGCUCAUUGGUUUACCUGGUACCAAAGGAGAAAAGGGAAAGCCAGGGGAGCCAGGAUUGGAUGGUUUCCCUGGUCUCAGAGGAGAGAAAGGAGAGAGAAGUGAAAGAGGCGAGAAGGGUGAACGAGGAAUACCGGGGAGAAAAGGGGCCAAAGGACAGAAGGGGGAACCAGGCCCCCCUGGACUGGAUCAGCCUUGUCCCGUGGGAGAUCAUAGCACUGCAGGCAGCAAAAGGGACCCAGGUUUGCCAGGCCUGGAUGGGGGACCAGACGGACUGCCAGUAGCAGGAUGUUGGCACAAGGUACAGUAACAUUAAUAACUGUAUAUCCUUGAACAGGUCCUGAGGAAUUUUGCUCCCUGCAUGGUGACUGUUUGCACUGCUGCACUUGCUUUAAGCAACAGCUCACAGGCCUGGCAGACAUGGUCUAACGAUACCUUGGGAGAGCAGGAUUCCAGCAGCUUCAGGUCUUGUUCCCCCCAGCUCUGGGCUGGUGCUGGGAACACCAAAAACUUGCUAAGAAUGACAAAUCAUUGUUAACACUGUCAGCAGAAUGCCUUUUUACAGGCCUGCUCGGGCUUUUAUCCUGGCCAAGCAAGCACCCAUGGGAAGGCUGCACCAUGUGCCUUACCCAGUCCAUGCCCUCCCAGCUGAGAAGUUAACAAUGGCUUGUCUCUUUGUUGCAGAGUUCCAAACAUUUCUUUUCUAACAAAGACUCUUCUGCCAUUUUAAUUAUAACUCACAACCACUGCACUGCCUCAGUGCUCUGAUCAGCAGCCUGGGUGCAGUGGUCAGGUAAUUUGUAGCAUCUCGUGCACACAGAGCAGCCAGGGCUUGGAAGUGCUACUGGCAGCCUGGGAGAAUGAGGAGAGACAUGUACUCCUGUAAAACGAGGAUUUGAUCCAGACUUGUAGGAGAAUCUUCAUUCUCCAACAAGAGUAUGACACUGAAGCUGAGCGGAAUUACAAACCCAGCUGUAAACAUGUGGUAUGUGGACACAGCUGGAGUUAACAGCAUGCCACUAACUAUUGCAAACUCUGUUAGAAUGUGAGCACACCCUUGGUAUAUCAAAGGUUUUAAUUCUGUGUCAUUUGUUUGGAUGUACCAUUAAUAGGAAAAGAAAUCUGAAUGCCAAUCCUUAUAGUAUUAACAGUAAGGUUAGUAAGUGUAAUGAAUGGAGCAUUUCUCUGAUUAAAAUGUUUGUGUGUUCUCUUUCAGUGAUCACUAAGCAUGAAGCACAAUAUGUAAAUAAUGUGAUAUAUUUUGAUCUUUUUAAUUUUUGUAUAAAAAAAGGAAAAAAAAAAAACUUUUGACAGUAAUAUAUUGACCUUUUUUUAUACUGGAUUCUGACAUUUAUGGACUUGGAAAAUAAUGUAAAGCUCCCAAACCCAUACCAUUGCAUGGUAACACCAGGAUUUGCUAAAGAUGCUGAUGACAGUAGCUGAGGAUGAACAGUGUUCCCUGCUCAUGCUGCAGUGUGAACUAACAGUACUGAGCCAGCCUCGUGUGCCUUACUGCAUGAAAGGAGGGCAAAUUCUCUGUCCUAAUCUGGCUCUCAACUUCAUAUCUGCAUUAUACACGCACAUUAAAAGGGUGAAAAAACCUGGCUGAAAACAAAGAAAAGAAGGAUGCAGCCUUAAAAAUGAAAGAAGCUGCUGUCUACUGUCUGGUCAAACAGGAGAAGGAUUUGCAACCUGCAGAGGAAACAAAGCCGAGCUCCAUCCAUCACUACUGGCUGUGGGCGUGACGGAAACAGCAAUUCUGGGGCUAAACUGAACACCCUUGACUGCCUGUGGCUAUUUCCUCUACAAUCAAGAGAAACCUUUUUCCUCAAGAGGAAGCACCUCUGGGUCCUGUUCUGGGGCCUGAGCCUGAAGGUGUGCCAGCACUUUGUUACUGUGGAACACAAGUUCCCCGGGAAGCCUCUGCUGCAGCAUUUCCAAACAGAAAAACCUGGCAAUACUUUCAGUGAAGGGAGCUGCAGGACAGGGAAGGCUCUCCUCAAGUCCUUUCUUAAACAACAGAGCACAUAAUGUUGCUCUUGGGGUUCCCAGAAAUUGGGAGUUUCGAGUAUUUAAUUGACUUGGUUUGUGGGGUUCAUUUGCUCUUUAUUUCUUCUUGGUUUACAUAGUUUUAACUGCAAACUAACUCUGCACUCUCCUCUUGUCUUAUUUUUCUUCACCUUUUCGGUCUCUUUUGUUAAAUUAUCUCUUCUCAGGCACAUCCCAUGCAGAGCAGGGUAAUGGAUAAAAUCAUCAUUAUUUUGAUAUCUGCAUAUACCACUGUGGGAUAAAUUAAAAUUGCAAACUAUUCCACAGUUCAACAUUUUUUAAGAUGUUGAAAAAACAGCAAUUGUGCAGCAGAGAGCCAUAAAAAAUAUUUCAAAGAGGAAGAAGAUGGCUUACAGCCGAGUCUGUUCAGCUUACAAUAAAGAUCAAGAAGCAACCAGAUUCCUUUACAGGGAGGAGAUACUUUGUAUUAACAAUUUUUUAAACUGCACAGAGAAAAGAUAUACAAAUACGCAUCUAAUGGGUAGAAGUUGAAGCCACACAAACUCAAAACAGUAAACUGUGGAUUUUUAUUGGUAAAACUGGUUAAUCCUAACCAGAUCAGUGACAUAAUUGCUAUCACCUUUAUGCCCUUUUGAUUUAACAGAUCAUGUCUGGAGGAAAUACUUUAUUCGAUACAAGUUGCUGGGCUCUGUGUGGGAGUUUUAGGUGAAAUAAGGAGCCUGACCAUAAUAUCAAACACAGUACUAAGGCUCUUUGUGGCCUUGAUCUUAGAGUAUACAGAAGGGAGGCAGAUUAGAUGCACUGAGUAGAUCCAAAACCUCUGUUAAGAGUCUUGCUUUAUUGCCACUCUCACUGUAGCUACUGCCAGAGAGGGCUGAGAGAGGGAUGUGACUGUCCAGGUGCACCCUGCCCUGUCCAAGCUGACCUAGUGCUGCAGGUCUUGCUCCAAUACUGUGAACAACAGUGGGAAUGUGCUUUGUGCUCCACACAGGUAGGGUGAUGCCUGGUGUCUGUGAGUUCUCAUCUGUGACCAGGCUCUGGGUGUCCUUGGGUUAUCCCAGGAGUGAGGGUGAGCUUGUGCUCUGUGCUGGUCAGUGCUGGAAUGGCCACCAAGCUCAGGAGAGGUGACACAGCCUCGGGCUGUGGGCAGUGCAUUUGUUACCUGCUUGGCUGCUCAGGGGCUGCACCUACACAUCACUGGCUUUGUGGCUGUACUUGGCAUCUCUACCAGUUACUCACCAAUUCCUUGGUCACCAUACAGAUUAAAUCCAUGUUAAAUUCAGAUUAACUAACAAAUCAAGAAACAACAAUUAUAUAACUCAAAACAGCAAUGAAAAUGCAUUUUAUUUACUUCCAUUUCAUGUUCUCGGCUAUCACUUUUGGUGUAGGGGUUUUUAAAGGCAUAAGGAGCAGCUAACAAGCUUCCACUGGCCUUUAGUGCUUUUGAAAAACCCCUUUAAUAUCCCAAAUUAAAGCUAAAAAAUUUUCUGUGAAAGGUUGAAGGCAAAUCUCUCAUUGAUGUCACCAGGAAGAUCUGUAAUUGUUCCCUUAAUGCACAGUUGCUCUUCCCAUCUCCCCCAGUCAUCUCCAAACUAAAAGCAGUUCACUAUUCCAAACCACACUGUGGGUUUCUACACUCACAUUCCUGCACAUGUUGUGUUCAUGGAACUUCUUUCAAUAUCAAUGAGAGUUCAGUCCCCAGAAUGACUGCAGAAAGCACAAGAAUCUGGAAGUGUCCACAAACAAUCUACAAUGCAGAUAGAAAAGUCUUGUUUUACAUACGCUGGCAAAAACUAAACAGCUUUCUAUCUAGCUCCUACUUGAAGAAGUUUGAUAUCACUGAAGCUACAAGACAAGCUAACCUCCAAAGCUUAUGAAAUUAUAUUAAAAUUUAUAUUUUCUCUGAGGAAAUACCCCGAAGUCCUAUUAUCUUCAGGUAAACAAGUCAGUAUUCCGUCUUCAACUUGUGGAAUAUCCAGUGCUUGUAGGCAUCAACUGUGACCACUGCCAGGCCUGCAAAACAUUGACACAGAAUACCAGAAUAGUGCUUUACCCUCUCAUCCCUGUGCAAGGCCACCAUCCCCCUCCCAGCACAGAGCCUCUGCUGCCACAGCACCCAAAGCCAUUUGUUGGUAGUGGAGGAAGGCUGGAAUUGCCACUCUAGCACAGGAGUGCAGCUGUAUCCACCCCCACCAGUGCUACAGUUCAGCUACCAAACCUUUCUGUGACCCUCCUUGGAAAUUCCCAGGAAAAGGCCCUUGGUGCUGCAUGUACAUCUCUGCACGUGCAGUAGUCAGGAAUGUUCAGGACACUGGACUCACUGCUCAUGUGCAGUGGCUUCUCUGGACCCCUGCUGCCACCACUCCCAUCAGGAAUGCUGGAUCAUGCUGCACACUGCUGCCACUUUGGCUAUGAGAACUCAUCUGAGGAACCAGUAGGUCUCCUGGAUCUCUCCCCACUCCUUGGGGGUGGUAGAUCCACUCUACCACCCCCUGGGCAAAGGAGCAGAGCCCUGUGGAGAGCAGGGGGUGAUCCCCAGCAGGGCUGGCACUGGCACCUCGAAUCCUGCCUGGUCCUCAGCUGGGGUUGGGGCAUUUGGCCUUUAGACUCUGCCAGCGUCCCUGGCUCCCUGCCCAUGGCACAGAGCUGGACCUCAGUGACCUUAAAGGCUGUACCAAGCUCAGCCAUUCUGUGAUUAUCAAUCAUAUCAUUCAGAUCCACAGACUUCGUUAGAGAAACUCUUGGGUUUUGUACUGAUUUCACAGAGUCUAAGAGGAAAACUGUUUAAACUUCCAUGUGCCUUACACACCAACAUAUUCAGAAGAGCAGUUGUUAAAUCCAGAGCAGUCAUGAUCUUGCUGCAGUGAGUUGAAAAGAUGUGCUUUGCUCUGCAAAUUCAUGCCAGAUCAGUUGAUUAUUUUCUCCUUCCAUAUGAAAAUGUUUAUCUGGGUCUUUCUGAAUACUUUAUGAAUAGCUCACAAAGACAAAUUUUACUUCUAGGUAGUACUGGCAGUCUUGCUCAAAUCUCAGUCAUGAUCUCAGCCUUUCACAAAUUUUAGGGAGCUUUUUCCCCCAGGAGAUCUCUCUUCUUUUGUUUUCCCCUCUGGUUUGAAAGAAUCUGAGACUGCUUUACAGCAAUUCCAAAAAGCAGCUGAAUGUUACCACUAUAUGUCAGCAGCAAUGAAGAUGACUGACAGAGAGGCUGCUAAUGGUUACAAAAUGUGGGUCAGGCUGAGACUGAGCCACUGAUUUUUCUUGAUCACUAAAAUAUUUGGUGUAACUUUAUAAAUUCAUCAAUAGACAUUCUGGGUUACUGAUAAUUGGGGGAACCUGAAACUCAGACAAAUAUAUUCUUGUUUUUUAGUUGACAAAACAAAAUUCCUGCCUCUAAUUUAAGUGCCUGUGAAAGCACAGUGCUUUCCAUGAGGUUAAGCCAACCACGUCUGCUGCUGCCCAGGAGCAGAGGACACACAGUUUUCUGUAAGGCUUGUUCCAUUUCAAACUGUAGCUAAUGACCAUCCUUCCAGUCACCACCAACAUCCUCUCUCUUAACACACUGUAGCCCAAUGGGUUUUGGAAUCAAAGCUCCCAAACUGAAUGAUAAGGGCACAAGAACUCUCUUGAGAGCCCUAAAAGGUUUUGCAGCCACAAAGCUCUGCAGGCAGGGCUGCCUUGCUGUGCCUGACAGUGACUGAGGCUGGAGCUGCUGCUGCCUCUGGUUGUGUCAGUGCUCCAGGAGUGCUGAUGAUGCACCCAACUGUGAGGAUGGGAAUGCUCCCUAAAGCUUCUGGGGAGGAUGGAUUUGGGGAAGAAGGGAAUAAGGCAAAAACCCCCAUGUCUGUAACUCCACAGACGGCAGCUUGAGAGGAACCUUGCCAGAGCAUGAACACAAUAAUUUGGCCUGUUCUGAUGGGGACAAAUGAGAUAAUUUAGGGUUUUGCAGCUCAGUCAUGGCUUGGCCAGUGAAUUGAGGAAUAUUUCUUUAGAUUACAAAACAAGUGGCAGAAAAAUCCUGAUCUGACCCCGAACUGGAACUGUUCCCAAGUGUCAAUUCAUCAAUAUUUUAGUUUAAAAACAUUAUAAUCAAGAUAUUGCCAUAUGUAUUGUUUUAUUCCCCUAGGGAGUUGCCUCUUCUGUAUGCACUGCUUCUGACACUGUAUAUAUAAUAGUGAUGAAUUUAUUUCUGUAUGGAUUUUUCUCCUGUGUAUUUAAAAAUAAGAAUGUUUAUUUUAAUGGUUAGAGACUUUCUGAUGUGUUUUCUUUUUAGGAAACCAAAACAUGAAAUACUUAGAUGAGCUUUUGUCUUCUGUAAUUUCAUAAAUUUAGCAUUUGAAAUCCUUAAGCAAACCAGCAAAACAUGUGGGAGGUUUUAGCAGUUUGAGACAUCCCAUGCAACGAUGCAAAGGAAUCCAUGGAAAAUGACACCUGUGGUUUUAAGACUGUACAGUAACCACUACCUUGGAUAAAGUUCUGGUUUUACACUCAGCCAAAUAUAGCAGGUCUUGGGCAAGAAUGCAAGAACUCACACAUUGUAAUGCACAACUGAUUAAAAUAAGUAAUAAAAAUUAAUUAAACUAUUAAGAUGCCAUCAAGUUUCCAGCUUUCUCAUACUGUAAAUAACUUCCCUGGCCUGUCAAUGUAAUGUGUGCAUUAUAAAGGUGAAUGCUGGUUCAAUGCUGCCCUCCAGAGGAGACUCUUUUUUAAACAGAAGCAAAUUUUAUGCAAAUUUUGUGCUGUGACAGUGUCUCUUAAUGUACAGCACACAUGACUUUUGUGUAACUCUACAGUUUGAACAGACACUUGUAAAACCAGGAGUGCAUGGAUAGAAACUUUUGGAUUUUUUCCAAAUCUGGUAUUUCUUUCUUGGGAAAUACAAUUGUAUUUUCACCUUUUUCAGUCCCACUGUUGCCCAAAUAAUUUACAGUGUUACGCACAUAUAAUCUACCUAUAGUAGAUUUCCUGACACAUUUCUGUUUUUAAAAUUUUAAGCAUGGAAGCUCUGAAUUAUUUCAUUUGUAGGCAAUGGAUUUCUCUCUAAGAUAUGCAAAAUAUUAAUAAGUAAAAAUGAUUAAGAUAUAAAAAUUUAAAUGUCUCCAAGCUACUCAUCCUGGACAAAUAGUGCAGGUAUGUGGCUGACUUCAGAUCUAUGAGUUUGGUUCCAAUGUGCUCUAGCAGAGGAAGGAGUGUCCACAGGUGGAAAGAACCUCAGCAUUGCUUUGUUUAAUUUGGAACUCGUGGUUUUUACCUGUUCAGGACAGGCUGACAUGCUGAGCAGCACAGCCAGCCUUGCAGAGGUUUAACCAGAGAUUUUCAAGUGAGAAGUUACAUAUAUGGAUCAUUUCAAAAGGUCUGUAACACUCUAACUUGCCAAGGCAAUCACUGUGGCACACACUGAACCUGGCAACCUUACAGGACAGAGUUUAUGUAAGCAUAUUUCUUGACCUUUGCAAUAGUGGUUUUUUUGGGUUUUUUUUUUAAUAAAAAGGAAGGGGCAGAGAGAAAUAUUUGGUCACUCUAGUUAGUCCAGUCUCAGUGUCACUUACUGGAGUCACCUGCCUUUUAAACGUGUCCCUGGCACUGCACUGGACCUGGCUGUAAGUAGUUCAGUUUGGAAUAUUCCAGAGCUCCACUUGGGGGACUCUAUUAGAGACUGAAGCAAACCAGUGAGUAAAAAAACAAUUUCCUAAACUUUAUUUUCCCUGGUGAUAAUUUAUAUUUGUAAGCAAAAAAUUGCUUUCAGUACUUUCACAUCCCCAGGUGAACUACUGCAACUUUGCCAUGUGCUUGUGUCCCAUUAGCUGGAGCACAGGAGAUGUGUGACUGUUGUGUAACCUGCAGCUACAGUAAGUGCUGAGAAUCUGUCACUUGGAUAUCAGUGGAGGAAGGACUUAAUAGAUUAUAUUAUUGUACACUACUGCAGAGAGCCUGGGGGAAACCACAGGAAGGCUGGGAAACACGAGUUUUCCACGCAUAAGAAGUUGAAUUAUUGACAAGAGAGUAGAGUAAGUAACAUUAGUAACAUUUGUGGUUUUCCUAUGACUUAGGACAAACAAUUAAUUCCUAUUUUGUUAAGUUAUGCUAGAAGUUGCCUUAAGUGUGGUUUCAUGGAACAGUCACCUCACUUCUGUGUCAGCUCACUUGUGUGGUUCCUUACAUAACUUAGAUAUUAAUGAACAUUGGCUAUUAAGAAAUUUAGAUAUUAACUUAGAUAUUAAGGAACUUAAAAGGGAGGAGACCCAAAUAUCUGUAAAUGACACUGAAAACAUCUGCUGCUUUUUAUUAUACUGUUAAACAAUGUAUUUUAGAAGUUCAUUUUACAGGAAUUUGUUAUGUGUAGGUGAGUGCUAAUCAAACUUGUGUUUCUGCAAUUACAUUAAAAAAUUACAAUCUGGUUUUGCAAAGCAAAAGCACCCAUGAUAUCCACUGAAUUUGUAAAUAUAGCAGGAAAGGUCCUAAGCUGCCAUCAGUGCAAAUGAGAGCUGGAGUCUGUUGUGUUUGCUGGUUUGUUUCAUAGACUGCAGUUUUAUAAACAAUUUCAUAACAGCUUUUUUGAGUUUCAGUUUGGGUUUCUUUUUCUGCUAUCUUAAAAGCAAUCAAAAAUACUGAAUAUGAAGAAUGUUCAGCACAAAUACCACUGUCAAAAAGCCCUCUGCUUUGCUGCAUUACAUGACUUUGGACAUAGAAAUGAUAUAAAACUAGUGGGUACACAAGCAUUUGAGAAAUUGUACCUGCUGGUAUCUCAAAUCUAUAUACAGUUUAGAAAAAUAUAUCCAACAUGUGCCUUAUCUGUCCAUAUUUGGUUUGAAAUUAUGUCAACAGAGCUUAAUCCUCUACCAUGUUAUGCAAGUGUCCCUCAUUUAUGUGAGUGGUUGCAUCACUCUGGGGAGGCCGUUCAGAGGAGAAAGGGCUGUUUGUGUGUUUGCAGCUUGCAAAAAAUGAGUUUUGAAUGUAUUUACAUGGUAUUUUAUACAAAGCUGGCUAAAUCUCUGUAUAUGACCUUUGAAAAGAAAUAUAUAGAUACUAAAAUUACAGAAAAUGUACUUAACAUCUCCAUUUGCAAACUUUUUGUGACUUUUGAUCAUGUAUGUGCCACGAAAAGUAUUCUAUUUACUCUUCUUUGGGGAGCAACUACUUUAAAAAUGAAGGCAUUAAUAACAGUAUUUCUUAUCCAUUGUUUUAACAUGUUAAAAUGGUAUUAAUUAGUACUACAUCAUAUAUUUCUAGUUUAAAGGUGUAAUGGACAUUACCUUGAGACCUAAAAAAAAACAUUUUUCUUGUGCUUUUUUUAAUAAAAGCAAAGACUAGAUUUUAGAAAUGGUCUCUCUGUACAGAUUACUUUUACAAUUGUGUGAAUAUGUAUAAUGAACUCUGCAUUUGUAACCAAGAGUAAACUUUCCAAAUUGUAAAUGUUCAGGUUGUUAUUAUAAAUAGCUAGUAAAUAUCUUAACCAGACAAGAGUUCAAAUAAAGAUUAACAGCUAUUAUUAA